AUGGGAUUUGGCACCUUGCUGGAUCUCAAAAUAAAAAAUAUUCCAAUAGCAUUAUAUAGCUUUCUGCCAAACAAUUUCCAGACCGGUGCGAGACAAGUCCCAUUGAAUGGCAACAAUGUACUGGAUAUCAAACAGGAAGAUGUUGUUGUUGUACUUGAUCUUCCUCGUGGACCCAAACCAGUGGAAGAAUUCAAACAGAACGAUCUCGCUAUAAUGGACCACGCAGAGAUCGUGGAUGCAUUCAAGAAAAGAAUGGGAUACAGUAAUAAAUUCCUGCCAACGAGAUCCACGGCGGCACAAUUAAUUGCUAGUCGAAAAGAUUAUGGUGAUGACUUCAAACGAGAUUUCCUAGUCUUCGUUUUGUGCUACCUUGACAGGUGUGAGUAUGAGAGAGCACAUCCGAGGUCAUUCCCUGUGAUCAAAUUUUGGGAUCAAAAGAUGCUGGAUGACAGAUUAAGACUUCAGAGAAGCAAUUUCACAGAUGUCCAGACACUUGAACGUCUCAAGAAACCGUCCUCAGCAGCAUUUCGAGAAGAACACCCAGAGGGGGAAUCACAGAAGGAGGAUACACAGGCCAACCCCAACACACAGCAAGACCUUGCUGCUCUUGAUGAAAAGUUCUACCAAUUGAUUAUCUCGAUGAGCAAAACUGUUUUAGACAUACGUGAAAAGGAAAUGGAGUUAAAAAUUGAACCAGAUGAACAAACAAAGCAAACAAUCAAGAUCCUAACAGAUGCAAUGGGACUGGAGCAAUUGAGCCAGACAAAUGAUGAGGAUUCUCUUCCAGUGGGGCAAUCCGUACCUACUUCAAAAGAAGUGGUUGUUGAUGAACAACAAACUCAACCACAAGCACAUGGAACGAAUAUGUCCACAACAGAAAAGAAGAGAUCCCAUCAAGAUUCCACCGGCCGAGAUUCAGGUGUGACAUCCACCUAUACCAGAAGGACGAGAAGCACUGGUACCAGGAAAAGGAAAGUAUUCAAAGACCCAACUAUCCCACACUUUGGCCUGGGUAUCUUCUCCAGUCAGGAAGACAGUUACGAGACAACCCAGGAGAAGAACACUGAGGAAGAUAUCACAGGAAGUGUUGAUUUGGAUAAAGAUGUCGAUGAGACUAUAGAAGCAGAAGAAUAUCCAGUAUCAUCUGCACUCGACGAAACAAAGAAUCCUACUCCUUCCAUCGAUGAAAUCAUAAGAAGGGCCAGUGCACCAGCUUCAAAAUCAUUAAGUGAUAUAAAAAAACUAGAGAUGAUUGCCGCUGCUGCAGAAGAAGUUGAGAAGAACUCAAAGGAAGCUGAUGAGCUUGAUGAAGAGUUAACAAAGACAGUGGAAAAGAAACUCUUGUUUGAAUUUGGAAAAAUAGUUUGGGCAGACAGGACAGCAUUCUAUUCCAUGAGGGAAGGGACAUGGAUAGAAAACAGCAUCAUAGAUGCUUGGGCUGUCAUCCUAAACAAAGAAGAAGCUAAGAGUGACUCCCCAAGACGGAUAUUCUUUGGUGUUUCGUCAUUUGGCAGUAACAAAGAUGAAAUCGAGCUCACAUUCUAUGAGAGGUUGGGUCUUGAACUAGAAGAACAAGGCCUUACUGUAGCAUCCCUAUUAGCGGCAAAAGCUAUCUACUUCCCAGUACACUACCAAGACCAUUACUUCUUGUAUGUGUUGCUGGUUGAAGAAAAGAAAGUGCUCGUCCGCAACAAUAUUCAUGCAAAAGAUCUGGACUACUACAACCCAACGAAAGAUCUACUUUUUCAAUUCUUCAAAAGCUACGUUGCAUGCGUGUUUCCACGCAUAGAACUGGUUAGUACUCAAUACACCUUCACAGAGCGGUAUGAUGGUGGUGAGUACGAGGAUGGUACUACUUUGGAUUUCAACACAGGAAACAUCAAAGAGUACCGGUGGGAAUACAUAAUAAAAAUCCUAAUGCACCCAGUCAACAAAAAUAAGGACAAAAUCUUCGAAGCAAUGCACCAGUUCUACACAAAUACUGCUAAAGAAGAACAAAAUGAAAUUCCAGAUCAUGUUGAUUUAGCAGCAAAUCUUACUACAAUGACAGAAAAACUGAGGGAUGGGUUAAAUGAACUAUCAUUAUGUUCUCUUGUAUAA